UUAAAUACAAUUGAGAGGUCACAGUACUUUUGAGGAUUUUCUUUGUUCGAAAAAAAAGCAGAAAAAAAAUACCACGUCGCGUCUAGUGACCUAUCUCUAGGUUUAUAGUGAUCCGCUAAUUGUCGCGAAAAUGAUAAAUGGCUACGAUAAAACAAUCAAAAGAGUACCAAAGGAACAAACGAUCAGCUACAUACACAAUGUGGGCAAACAACCGCUGAAACCCUUAACCUUGGGUCAGCUAAUCGAAGAAUGUUGCACAACGUAUCCAAACGUAACCGCAAUCAUAUCAAAGCAUCAAAAUCAAGAACUGUCUUAUCUGCAGGCACUAGAUCGGGCAGACAGGCUGGCGGCCGGUCUAAAAUCUCUCGGUUUAAACAAUGGCGACAGAGUGGCUAUCUGGGCCCCCAAUUGUAUAGAGUGGUACAUAACCCACAUGGCAUGUGCCCGAGCCGGAUUUGUGCUGGUAAACAUAAAUCCAGCCAUCCCGCGAAUGGAAAUGGAGUACUGCAUCAAAAAGGUGGAAAUGCGGUGCAUCAUCUGUGCGCACAAGUUCAAAUAUCAAAACUAUUACGAGAUUUUGUGCAAAAUAGCACCUGAACUCCCCGGUAGCAUACCAGGAAAGCUAAAAAGCAGGCAUGUGCCUUCCCUACAAAGUGUGAUAGUGAUGACCGACGAACAUUUGAGAGGAGCUCUCAAAUUCAACGACGUAUUUGAAUUUGCCACUAUCAAGGGGAUCAGAGCCAUUAAAGAAAGUCAAAAUCUCAUACUGAUGGACGAACCAGCCCACAUUCAGUUCACUUCGGGCACUACCGGUCAACCCAAAGCGGCGGCGGUAUCGCACUUUAGCAUGGUAAAUAAUUCGUACUAUAUCGGGCAAAGAAGCGAACUGGACCGAAAACACCAUACUAUUUGCGUCCAGACGCCUCUCUUUCACGCGAUUGGUACCGUCAUAACCAUUUGCGCAGCGUUAAACCACGGUGCCACCUUGGUACUACCUUCAGCCGGAUACGACCCUGAUAAAAAUUUGGAUGCAAUAAGAGACGAACGGUGUACCGUAAUACAUGGCACUCCAACUAUGUAUGUCGAUUUGGUGGACCGCCAAAAAAAACGACGGGAAAAUAUCAGUCCGGAUAUAGCAGUAUCUGGGGGGGCAUGUUGCUCACCGCAUCUUUUCCGAGAAAUGAAGAGUGUAUUAAAUUUGCAGAAAGUCAAGUCCGUCUACGGCCUCACCGAAUGCACGGCUAUCGUGUUUCAAUCACUCUACGAUGACGAUGAAUACUUGUCGACGUCUACAGUCGGAUAUGUUCAGGAUCACGUUGAAGCGAAAGUAACAGAUGUAGACGGCAAUAUCGUCCCGAUCGGAACCCCAGGAGAAUUAUGUAUAAGGGGAUACAGUACGAUGUUGGGAUACUGGAAGGACGAGGAUAGGACCAAGGAAGUAAUAGGUCCCGAUAAGUGGUUCAGAACUGGUGACCAGUUUAUAUUGGAAAAGAACGGAUACGGCAAAAUUGUUGGACGAUUAAAGGAGAUGAUUAUCAGAGGUGGAGAGAACAUCUUCCCGAAAGAAAUCGAAGAUUUUCUGAACACCCACCCAAGCAUUUUGGAAGUUUAUGUAGUUGGUAUUCCCCACGAGAGGUUGGGUGAGGAGGUCUGUGCUUUCGUGAAAGUCAAGGACGGCAUGAGCGUGACAUUAGAUCACAUUAGGACUUACUGCAAAGAGAACAUCGCUCAUUUUAAGAUACCUACGGUGUUGAAAAUAGUCGACUCUUUUCCGAAGACAACGUCCGGGAAGAUACAGAAGUACAGGCUGGUGCAGAUUGCAGUUAAGGAUGCCAAUGUCGUCGCAAACUGAAGUUUUAUUUUUUUUUAAAUUGCGAUCUAAUAUCAAAUAAACGUCGUCUUUAUUAAAAUGAACUUCUUCCCCAAUAACCCGAAGCAAUAAGAAUAAUCAGUCGAAAUAUUAUAAAGAUUUAACGAAUUUUAUUAAGUAAAUUGAAACUGUUAACCUCUUGACGGGAGCAGUGUUGCGCUUGAUACGACCAGAAAACGGUUUAGUAACUUAAACGCUUACGACGGCUUAAGUUUAAAGUCACACGUCUUCUACAUUUUAUAUUAUCAACUUCAUAAUAUAUCUCUUUAAAAUCACCACUAUUAACAUGUUUAGUAAAUCCAGUAAAACCAUUUUUUAAUUCGGUUUUCUUUUUUCCAUACUAGAAAUUCCACCUUACUUUGUCGUAAA